AUGACCGCAGAGGAUUCCACUGUAGCCAUGAGCAGCGACUCAGCCGCUAUGUCCUCGGCCAAGGUGCCGGAGGGCAUGGCGGACGCACCCAACGAGGAGGCGCUGCUGGCGCUGACGGAGCGCACUGGCUACAGCUUAGUGCAGGAGAAUGGGCAGCGCAAGUAUGGCGGCCCGCCGCCGGGCUGGGACGGCCCCCACCCGGAGCGCGGAUGCGAAGUCUUCGUGGGCAAGAUCCCGCGCGACGUGUAUGAGGAUGAGCUGGUGCCGGUGUUCGAGAUGGUGGGCCGAAUCUAUGAGCUGCGCCUCAUGAUGGACUUCGACGGCAAGAACCGCGGCUACGCCUUCGUCAUGUACUGCCACAAGCAGGAUGCCAAGCGCGCCGUGCGCGAGCUCAACGAUUACGAGAUCCGCCCGGGCCGCCUGCUCGGCGUAUGCUGCAGCGUGGACAACUGUCGCCUCUUCCUCGGCGGCAUCCCCAAGUUGAAGAAGCGGGAGGAGAUCCUGGAGGAGAUCACCAAGGUCACUGAGGGCGUGCUGGACGUGAUCGUGUAUGCCAGCGCGGCCGACAAGAAGAAGAACCGCGGCUUUGCCUUCGUGGAGUACGAAAGCCACCGCGCGGCCGCCAUGGCGCGCCGCAAGCUCUUGCCCCGCGGCACCCAGCUGUGGGGCCACCACAUUGCCGUGGACUGGGCCGAGCCCGAAAUCGAUGUGGACGAGGAUGUGAUGGAGACCGUCAAGGUCCUCUACGUGCGCAACCUCAUGAUUGAGACCACCGAGGACACCAUAAAGACGAGCUUUGGCCAGUUUAACCCGGGCUGCGUGGAGCGUGUCAAGAAGAUCCGUGACUACGCCUUCGUGCACUUCACCAGCCGCGAGGACGCUGUGCACGCCAUGAACAGCCUCAACGGCACCGAGCUGGAGGGCUCGUGCCUGGAGGUCACGCUGGCCAAGCCCGUGGACAAGGAGCAGUACUUGCGCUACCAGAAGGCAACCAAGGGCUGCGGCGGGGCUGAGGCGGUGGCGCAGCUGCCCAGCUACGUGUACUCCUAUGACCCCUACACGCUGACCUACUACAGCUACCCCUGCAACGUGCUCAUCGGGCCCAACCAGGACUACUUCGUGAAAGCAGGCAGCGUAAGAGGCCGAGGGCGAGGUGCAGCUGGCAACAGAGCCCCGGGGCCCAGGGGUUCCUACUUCGGGGGAUAUUCUGCUGGCCGUGGCGUGUAUAGCCGAUAUCAUGAAGAAAAAGGAAACCAGCAAGAACAAGGAUAUGAACUUGUGCCGAAUUUGGAAAUCUCUGCCGUUAAUCCAGUUGCCAUGAAACCUGGUACAGUGGUCAUCCCUGCCAUCGGGGCCCAGUAUCCCAUGUACCAAGCAGCUCCAGCACCUAAAAUGAUUGAAGAUGGCAAAAUUCACACGAUGGAGCAGGUUAUCAGCCCUGUUGCUGUGCAGCCAGACCAAGCCAGUGCCGCUGCUGCCACUGCAGCCACCGCCGUUAUUCCUGCUGUCUCGACGCCGCCACCCUUCCAGGGCCGCCCGAUAACCCCAAUAUACACCGUGGCUCCAUUCGUUCAGAGAAUUCCCACUACCGGGAUCUAUGGGGCCAGUUAUGUUCCAUUUGCCGCUCCGGCCACCGCCACUAUCGCCACACUACAGAAUAAUGCGGCCGCUGCCAUGUACGGGGGGUAUGCGGACUACAUACCUCAGGCCUUCCCAGCUGCUGCCAUUCAGGUCCCCAUUCCCGACGCGUAUCAGACAUACUGA